AUGGCAGGUGAGAUGCAGGAUACCGGUACGUGGACGGUCAAGACCGGGCUGGCUCAGAUGUUGAAGGGUGGGGUGAUCAUGGACGUGGUCACCGCCGACCAGGCCAAGAUCGCUGAGGACGCGGGCGCGGUUUCGGUGAUGGCGCUCGAGCGCGUGCCCGCCGAUAUCCGCAAGGCCGGAGGCGUGGCGCGCAUGGCCGAUCCGACCAAGAUCGAGGAGAUCAAGCGCGUGGUGACGAUUCCGGUCAUGGCCAAGUGCCGUAUCGGCCACUUCGUGGAAGCGCAGGUCCUGCAGUCCCUGGAGAUCGACUACAUCGACGAAUCGGAGGUGCUGACGCCCGCCGAUGAGGUCAAUCACGUAUGGAAGCACGACUUCAGGGUGCCGUUCGUAUGCGGUUGCCGGAACCUGGGUGAAGCGCUGCGCCGCAUCCGCGAAGGCGCCGCCAUGAUCCGCACCAAGGGAGAGGCCGGUACCGGCAACGUGGUCGAGGCGGUACGCCACGCACGGACCGUGUUGCAGGCGGUGCGCCGGGUGCAGGGCCUGGGCGACAGCGAGCUCUCGGCGUUCGCGAAGGAGAUACAGGCGCCGUUCGAGCUGGUGGCGCAGUUGCGCGCGGACGGCUCGCUGCCGGUGGUCAACUUCGCCGCCGGCGGCAUCGCCACGCCGGCUGACGCCGCGCUCAUGAUGCAGAUCGGCGUCGACGGGGUGUUCGUGGGCUCCGGCAUCUUCAAGUCCGAGAAUCCGCAGCGCAUGGCGGAAGCGAUCGUCAAGGCGACGACCAACUACGACGAUCCCGACAUCCUGGCCGAGGUUUCGCGCGGGCUGGGCGAGCCGAUGCGGGGGCUGGAGAUGACGGCGAUUCCCGAAGGCGAACAGCUCGCCGUACGCGGCUGGUAA